GCCAUUCACACGCUGGGAGCCGCCGGGGAGAGAGCAGCGCCGCUCCGCCAGCAACACUGGACAUGUGCCCGACUUUCGGAAUGGAAACAAUGGCGUCGAUACGAACCACUUGACCGGGCUCCCACCGCGUUUCCUCUGUGGAUGAAGUUCCUCACGAUGGUGUGCACCACUAUGAACAGGACAGUGGAUCAAUAGAAGUUGUUUUCCCUUCUUCCUCCUCCUCCUCCUCCUCGCUUCGUGGCAUUGUUUCUUGACGGUAAAGCAAAAAAGACUGAAAAUCCUGACUUGGAACUCCCGUCUGAAACAGCUCCGACUCUAUUGCUCCUUCCCCCCAAGCCUCUGCACGGGUCAAGCCAAAUAUGUCACUCCAAGCUAGAUCAACAGUUUCGCCGGUUCUGGCGAACCUGUUUCCUGUGUUUGGGCUUUUGCUUAUCAUGACCUCAUCCAUCUGUGGAGGCCCGCCGCCAACUUUUAAAUGGUUCACACCCGCAGAGUGGGGGCUUACACAUUUGGCCAUUCACAACAAAACUGGGGAAGUCUAUGUGGGAGCUGUCAACUGGAUUUUCAAACUGUCUAGCAACCUGACUAAACUCCGCAGCCACAUGACUGGACCAGUGGUAGACAAUGAAAAAUGUUACCCUCCACCCAGUGUUCAGUCGUGCCCCCACGACCUGGCCCAGACACCUAAUGUGAACAAGCUUUUACUCAUUGACUAUGCCCAGAAUCGCCUCAUCGCCUGUGGUAGUACUUCGCAAGGCAUAUGUCAAUUUCUACGUCUGGAUGACCUCUUCAAGCUGGGCGAGCCUCACCAUCGCAAGGAGCACUACCUGUCCAGUGUGGCUGAGUCGGGCACCAUGUCAGGAGUCAUCAUAAGCUCCCCUGAUAGCCUGACAAGCAAGCUGUUCAUUGGAACACCCAUCGAUGGCAAAUCCGAGUACUUCCCAACCUUUUCCAGCCGGAAGUUGAUGGAGAACGAAGAGAAUGCAGACAUGUUCAGCUUUGUGUAUCAAGACGAGUUUGUCUCCUCUCAGCUAAAGAUUCCAUCUGAUACUUUGUCCAAGUUCCCUGCUUUUGAUAUAUACUACAUUUAUAGCUUCAGCAGUGAACAGUUUGUCUAUUAUCUUACAAUGCAACUGGAUACUCAGCUGACUUCUCCUGAUGCCAGUGGCGAGCAGUUUUUCACCUCCAAAAUUGUACGCCUCUGCGUAGAUGACUCCAAAUUCUACUCCUACGUCGAGUUCCCAAUCGGCUGCACUAAAGACGGUGUGGAGUACCGCCUGGUUCAGGAUGCCUACUUGGCCCGGCCUGGCCGCGAACUGGCCAACUCGUUGGGGAUCUCCGAGAAUGAAGACAUCCUCUUCACGGUUUUCUCCCAGGGUCAGAAGAAUCGAGCCAAACCGCCCAAAGAGUCAGCAUUGUGCUUAUUCACCCUGAGAAGGAUAAAGGAGAAAAUCAAAGAGAGGAUUCAGUCUUGUUACAAGGGAGAUGGGAAGCUCUCUUUACCGUGGCUUCUCAACAAGGAACUGGACUGCAUCAACUCUCCUCUGCAGAUAGAUGACAACUUCUGUGGCCAGGACUUCAACCAGCCUCUGGGCGGGACCAGCACCAUCGAGGGCAUCCCGCUCUUCAUCGACAAGGAAGACGGCAUGACCUCGGUGGCCGCCUACGACUACCGCAGCAACACCGUGGCUUUUGUGGGCACGCGCAACGGCAAACUGAAGAAGCAGCCGAGCCACGAGUUGUUUGACCCAAGCGAGAGCACAGAGGCUGGCUUUGUGCAGGCGUGUGUGGGCCCUGGGUCAUGA